AUGAAAGCCAAUAUGACGUGCUUAUCAGACUUAUCUAUCUCCAAGCUCGAUGAAAGCCUGAUAAAGGGGGCCUCCGCUGUCAAGCCGCCGGUAUGCCGCGGUCCCGUAGGGAUGCCGCCGGUUAUCAUUUAUGAGCCGUAUCACAGAAUAAAAAAUAUAACAUAUGCUUAUCUUCGCAAUAUUUUGAGUUAUUGGCUCAACCAUUCCAGUAUCAACGUGAACUUCUUCCCUGUUCAUCAACAGCACCCCGUCCGCUCUGGCAAUGGAACAAAACACCCUCAAAAGACGAGGUGUCGGCUUGACUGGUGUAGACAAGCAACGUUCAUUUGGAGGCUUCACCCUCUUCUGUCCUUUGACUAGUGACACAGCUCAUCUCAUUGACAUUGAUGGGAAGGAGGUGCACUCUUGGAAGCUCCCAGGCAGAAUCGGCCGCCACGCCAGAAUUCUACCGAAUGGAAAUCUUGCCGUCAACACCCUUCGCCCACCUCCCAAACAGACAACGGCGGAUGGAGGGCCUUUUCCGUUCCCAUUCUUCAAUAAAUAUGGUGGAGGAGUGAUGUCCGAGCUCGACUCGGAGGGAAAUGUCGUUCGCCAAUUCAUUGAUCCCUUAGGGCAUCAUGACCAAUAUCACUACGGCGAUGGUCGAAUUCUCUAUACCUCCCUCGAAGCUGCCGAUACAAUCAACGAAGUUGAUGCAGAUGGCAAACUCGUUUGGCAAUGGAAAGUCUCCGAGCGAUUGUCGAGGGACGAGUAUCCCCUUCAAGCGCACUAUACGCGCGAGCACUAUCCUCUGAUCAACUCUGUCCUGCCUUUGCGAGAUGGAAAACACAUUCUCGCCUCAAUGCGAUCAGUUUCAGCUGUCGUUAUCAUUGAAAGAUCCACUGGGAACAUUGUCUGGAAAGUUGGAUCCGAAGUCCUGGCGCAGCAGCACAACGCUACAGAGAUGGAGAACGGAAACAUUCUCAUCUUUGAUAAUGGUGCUUUUCGCAACGGUGAAUCAAUCACAUAUACUCGAGCAAUUGAGGUUGAUCGGGCGACCAAAAAGAUCGUCUGGGAGUAUCGCGAUCGGUCACAGAUGCUCUACUUUUUUACUCCAUUCAUGGGAAGUGCUCAGAGACUUGCUAAUGGCAACACCCUUUUGUGUGAGAGUGCCUUCGGCCGUAUCUUUGAAGUUACUGCGGAUGGUUAUAUCUGCUGGGAGUAUAUCAACCCUCAUUUUGCCCCUUACCCGGAUGAUGUGACCGCGAAUAUCUUCCCGGGAGAUUCGAAUGCCUUGUUUCGGGCAUACCGGUAUUCCUUGGAGGAGAUUCCCUGGCUCAAGCAAAAGCUGGUCCGAUCCAAUGGGUCAAAGUUGAUUUGAUCAAUGUAAGACUGAAAGUCUGGAGAAAAUGUUGGAAAACAGCUGUGACGGAGAAUCGCUGAUAAACAUUGCAUGAAAAUAUAACAGUCCAUUCCUCAUAUCCAGAGUCUCAUAAAACUAGACUUCGACAGCCUUUACCAAAUGAGCUUCAUAGAGUUUCCAUGAAUGUACAGUAUCCACA